UGACACAGGCGAAUAUUAAUUAUAGCAGAUCAGCCUUUCUUUUAUGAAAUACUGAUGCCAUAAUCCACUCGGUGUCAUGAGUUGGCCAUCUGUCGUGGACACCUACUUAAACCUGCAAGCAGAUUAAUCAAGGUGUAAGGAUUUAAAGGCAUCAGUCAGGACGUUUCUGUGCCAGAACUCUGCUGGGCUUCCUGGUAAAGGAGGGGAUGCUCUUGGCCACAGUUGGCUCAUUGGAGGAGAGAGACGAGGAGCAGGGGGAUGAAGGCGACGAAGAGUUGAGGGAUGGAGGGGUGCCUUUCUAUGUGAACAGAAGUGGCUUCCCGGUGGAUGAGGAGACUUGGGAGAGGAUGUGGCGCCAUGUGGCUCGAAUCCAUCCCAGCGGUGAAGCAUUGGCGAAGGAGAUAAGAGGUGAUGACCUGCCCAAGAUUCCAAUACCAAGUGUGCCUACAUACCAGCCUACCACCACUAUCCCACAGCGCCUGGAAGCCAUACAGAAGUACAUCAGGGAAUUGCAGUACAAUCACACAGGAACGCAGUUUUUUGAAAUAAAGAAAAGCCGCCCUCUUACUGCGUUAAUGGACAUUGCUAAGGAGAUGACGCGGGAGGCUCUGCCAAUCAAAUGUCUGGAGCACUUGAUGCAGUUACUCACCAACAACAUGCCUGCCGUGGAGCGCUUCCCCUCAGCUUUAAAUCUCAGUUCUCAGGGACCACUUCCACACAUUGUGCUGGGAGUCCACAGCGGGGGGCGCUUCGGAGCGCUGGGCAUGAGCCGAAGAGAGGACCUCAUGUUUAAGCCCUGAUUUCGAACACUACUGGACUUGGUCCAGGAGUUUGAAGGAGCAUACAGGGGCUACUGGCACACCUUACGAAAAGUCAAGAUUGGCCAGUACGUUUCCCACGAUCCUCACAGCGUGGAGCAGAUAGAGUGGAAACAUUCUAUACUUGAUGUGGACAAGCUCACCAAGGAGGUACGGAAGGAGCUGGAGAGACAUACUCGAGACAUGAGCUAA